AUGACAUGGACAGUGUCUACCCUAUAUCCAAUCUAUAAACAGAAGCGAAGAAAUCUCAGGCACAAUGAUCAUUGUUUAGCUUCACGUCUUUUCUUCAAUGCUUCCUGUACUUGGUUCAACCACCAUAAAUGGAUCCUGGAGUCUCCAGUUAACUCUGGAUGGAAACUCGUCCCAAAUAUAUUACCCUGCCCUAACUGCAAAAUGCCUCCUGCUUCCUUGUCAGCGUUGAUAUUCACCCCCUCACUGACCAACUUGACUGCCCUUUCGGGGAGCGUUGCCAGCACCUCCACCUGGGAUCCCAAAAUGGUCUCGUCGCUUUGA